GCCCUAAAGCAAUUUGAAGUCAAGCAGCUCUUAGAAACCAUCAGUCAGCGACAGGAGAUCAGUCUGUCUAUCUGAGCUGCAGGUAUGCUUGGCCAAAUACUGGGACUUCUUUAUGCAGGGAUACAGGUUCUUCUGCCCUGCCUUCCUCCGACUCCUCUGUCCAGCCAAAGCCUCCUAACACAUGACAAGUACUUAGGAGACUGGUAUUUUGUUGGAGUAGCUGCAUUCGAUAAGGAGUCCAUUGCAGCGUAUAUGGGAAUAGACAACUCUGUUGCUAAACUGCACAAGGCCUCAGAUAGCUCUUUGUUGAUGACAGCAGCCUUGCACCAAGGAGAUGAGUGUAAGGUCCUCUCCUGGACUUACAAAGUUAGUCCAGCCUCGGAUCCCAUCAUGAAGGAGGGGGAGCAACUUGGAGUAGCAUUUGAUGGCAAAUGGGUAAACUGUGACUCAUGUCUGCUGCUGAUGAAGAUUGAUCUGGAGAAAGGCCGUUUCAGAAUCAUGUUAUUUGCACGUUCUCAGGAAUCACGAGAAGAGCUGUUGAAAUCGUUUAAGUCAAAAAUGGAAUGUUUAGAGAUUGAUGAGUUCAUGAUUUCACCUCAGGAAAAAGAGUUCUGCAAGCUGGACGCAGCAGCCUGAACAGCAAUGAAAAGAGACCAGGACAGUUUGAGGUCAUGAACUUCAAUGUGGAUUAAUCAGUGAAGAUCCUGAGCUGAAGCUCCUGAGCUGUUGUCUACACCCUGCUGUCGUAACUGUUCGGUCUUUUCAGAUGCACAUUCAGUACAUCAACAAAAUAAAGUGAUUUUUUGGUGCAGCCCAGUGAA